ACACACCCACUAGCAAACACGCUCACUUGUUUGUGGCUUUCACUUUUAUCCAGAGGUCGCCUUCUCUUUCUCUCACACACAAGCUCAAAGCUCAGAGAUUCCUCCCCCUCCUCUUCUGUAUUUUUUUCUCUUCCUCACUGGCAAUCAUGAGUGACAAGGGAGACAAGACAUGCCCAUUGUGUGCUGAGGAGAUGGAUUUGACUGAUCAGCAAUUGAAACCAUGCAAAUGUGGUUAUGAGGUCUGUGUUUGGUGCUGGAACCACAUUAUGGAAAUGGCCGACAAGGAUAACUCCGAGGGUCGUUGCCCAGCGUGUCGUACACCUUAUGACAAAGAAAAAAUUGUAGGGAUGGCAGCAAAUUGUGAAAGGCUAGUAGCUGAAAUGAAUUCAGAGAGAAAACUGAAGUCCCAUAAGGUGAAGCCAAAAACAUCUGAUGGAAGGAUGCAUCUAAGCAAUGUUAGAGUCAUUCAAAGGAAUCUAGUGUAUAUAAUUGGAUUACCUCUUAAUCUUGCAGAUGAAUCCCUUCUUCAGCGAAAAGAGUACUUUGGCCAAUAUGGAAAGGUACUGAAGGUGUCUAUAUCUCGAACCGCAACAGGGGCAAUUCAACAUGCUGCAAACAACAGUUGUUGUGUGUAUAUAACAUAUGCAAAAGAGGACGAAGCAGUUCGUUGUAUUCAAUCAGUGCACAGUUUUGUAUUAGAAGGUAGAUCCUUGAGGGCAUGCUUUGGAACAACAAAAUACUGCCAUGCAUGGCUGAAAAAUACACCUUGCAGCAUUCCGGACUGUUUAUAUUUGCAUGAUUUUGGCUCUGAGGAAGAUAGUUUUACAAAAGAUGAUUUAGUUUCAGCCUUCACAAGGAGUAGAGUGCAACAAAUUGUUGGUGCUACAAAUAAUUUGCAUCGGCGUUCUGGAAAUGUUUUGCCACCCUCAUCAGAUGAAUCCACCAAUAGGAACAUAUCAUCCACAGCCAAACUUGAUGCCAGUACUUCUUUAAAUCAAAAUAUUGUGAACUGGGAUAGCGGGUCAUGUGCGGAUAGUGGUGCUGGAAGAUCCAAUACACUUCAUGGGGCAUCUUCAUGGGUUACACGUGUCGCUGGCAGUUUGCCACCGGUUACAAGUUUGUCAUCAUCAGGUGGAACUCCCAGUUAUAAACCUGAGACAUCACAUGGGGACCAUGGUCUUGCGCCAGAAGUUGUGAUCACCAAAAGUUCUGGUGAUAUGAAAAGAACCAUACCUGAAGGAAGCUGUGAAGUGCAUCCUGCCAAUCUAACAUCGAUUGACCAUUUUUCUUGUCCUCCAGCAUCUCAGGACAGCGCUAGUGAUACUGAUGAACCACAAGCUGGAACUAGCCCUUCAAAAAUCACUAAACUGUCCUAUUUUACUGGUCUGGAUGAAGAUGAAAAUUUUCAUGCGGAUGGGGACUUGCAGGGACUAUGCUCUGGAUUAUCAUCAAUUAGCAUUGAUGAUCACCUUAAGGAUGAGUACCAUGAACCUGUUACUUCAGAUAUUUCAAUUUCUAACCAUAAACUGCCCAAAAGUCAAGGUUCACAACCUUUUGUGAGUGAGCCACCUUGUAAUUCUUCAUCCUCGCCAACACAGCGAGAAUGUGCAAUUGUUGAGGAUUUACUAUGUUUUGAUGAUCGGGAAGUCCAGGGCAUUCGAAGCAUCCAUCAUGAACCACUCAUAUCAUCUUUGCUUUCUCCAAAACAGUAUUUGGAGCAGCCAACCUAUCAUUCCUGGCAGCAAGGCGAGAAUUGUCAAAGCACUAUUGAUGUACAUCCAAGCAUUGUUCCUGCUAAGCAUGAUGAGGUCGCUUUUCCAUUCAGAUCUGGCAACACUGUUUUGUCUAAUGGGUUGCAUGACAGGCAAGCUAAUGGCCUUGUUGAGUGGGAUAGGUCUUCUAACUAUUCUAGUGUCUUGUCAGAGGUAGGACCGGGGAAGUGCUUGGAAGAACAUGGUAGUAAUGUAGCUAGUAUUGACUAUAAACUUGAUCUAGACACAGAUGAGAGCAGCAUUAUCUCAAAUAUUCUAUCCAUUGAUUCUGGUGUAUGGGAAGAUUCGUUGACAUCACCUCAGAGUUUUGUCAAGUUGCUGGCUGAUAAUGAUAAGCAACAAAGUUGCCGCAAAAUACCAUGCAUGCGAAAAGCACAGGAGAGUAGUCAAUCAAGGUUCUCAUUUGCCAGGCAGGAUGGUUUCUCUAAUCAUUUGUCUAAUUUUGAGCAUUCACUUGAAAAUGCAGCAAAUAAAUCUUCCUCCUCAAAUUACAUUAUUGAAAACAAGGAUCCUUGGAUGGACAAUUAUCGUGGCGUCUCUUCAAAUAUUAGUUCUGUAGAAUCAAAUGGUUUCCUCAGCAAGCAUCCUUUUACAUCUAGUUUUUCAGUUUCCAAAACUUCCACGUCUCCCCCACCAGGAUUCUCAGUGCCAAGUAGAGUUGUACCUCCAGGCUUUCCUACUCAUGGGGCAGUGCACUAUGAUUUUGACCAUUCUGGAAAUCAUUUUCUACAAAACUCUGCACCACUAUCUCGGAACAUUGGCGUCUCUGGGGAUGUUGAAUUCAUUGAUCCUGCAAUAAUGGAAGUUGGCAAAGGAUUUCUGUCAGCAAGGCUGAAUAAUCCAGGCUUUGAUGCAAAGCCAGCUUUAUCUCCUCAUUUUAGUCCUUUUGAUCAUGAUUCAGAGCUUCAGAUGCUGAUGCGGCAGUCAAUUUCUGCACAGCAGAACAUAAGGUUAUCAGAUCACUUCAGGAAUAGAUUCUCUCCCCCAGAAGAUACGUAUUCCAUUUCACCUGUGCUUCUUGGUCAAUCCCUGCCCAACAAACCUUCAUCAUUUACACAAUUGACGGCUCAACAGCUUAGAAAUGUGCACAUCUCAAAUGGCAGUUUGGGUGGUUGGAAUGAGGUAAAAAAUGUUAGUGAUCCUUGUAUGCCAGAAUUUCUAGGAAAUGGAGGGAUGGGAUUUAGCAAAUUAGUUCCUAGUUAUGAGGAUUUGAAGUAUCAGAUGUCUGGUUCCAGCAAUCUAUACAACAGAGGAUUUGCAAUGUGAUUUCUGCUGGGGAUUGGAAUUACUCCUUUAUGCUUGAAUAGGCUGAUGAACUUAACAUAGUGGUUAAUUUGGUGCGUUCUAAGGUGCCCCUGGAUGAAUAUGUUUCAGUUUCUUUGUGUUGGUGCAUAUUGGUUGUUGGCAAACCCUAGUCAGGUGUAUUCUUUGCCCCUCUCAUGACCAGGAACUUCGCUCUUCUAAUGGAGCGGGUGAAAAGGCAGUUUAUUGUCAUGGCAGAAUUCAGUGUGGGCUGCGAAGGGAUUACUAUGCCCCAAGUGACUGGGAUUGCUCUUGGCUUCGCUCUCUGUGGUACAUCUGAGUUGAAUGGUUAUUCCAUUUAAUCCAGAUGCAUGUUCAUAGCAUGCAUCAUUAUUGACAUCUUUUUUUCCACAUGAAGAGAAGGUUAGCUGGGAAAAGAACACUGGUUUUAACAAUGCACAUUUUGGCAGUUUUUUAGACUUGGAGUGAAUCUGUCGUACUCACGGCUUACAUGAAUAAAGAAGGUACUUGGUAGUUGCACCUAAUUCAGAUAUGUUCAUCAUCUUAAGAAAUAGUCCCAAAGCUAGAGUUCAAAUGGAAAACUGAGGCUUCCUAUAGAUAAUAGAAAAAUGAAGGUCUUCGUUUCUUUCUUUCCUUUUUUUAAUGUUGCCUUGUAUGAAUGAAAACAGAGUUUAAACUAUUGUUUGUCUUUCUCCUCACAUAAUGAGUUGUGCCAACGAAUCUAUUUGUCCUUGCAUUAUGGGGUGGGGGGGAUACAAGAUAACAUUUUCGAGCUUGUUUCUGGAUCUGUAAUGAAGCCAGUUGAUGUUUUCGUCAAUAUUGAUCUGUAAUCGUUUUGGUCAAUAUUGGUUGUUAAGCAUACAUCUGAUUUGAAAUGGAAUAAGAAAAUGAACCUAUUUAGUGUC